UCCAGUCGCCUUGGCAAUUUAGCAUCCCUAAAUUUCAAUAAAAUUUAAUGUUUUAUCGGCGAAAAAAUCAUGCAGCCCUUUCGAAAUCUCCUCCUCUUUGCGAGUAAAAAAACCCUCGGCUACGGGCUAUCCACAAACUGCCAUCGACGGAUACUGUGUGGGUCGCCCAUGGCGAUUGGCCACAGCCGCUGCCGCGGCGUGGGUUUUCCGGUCGCAAAGAAACCGUCAAACGCCGCGGCCGCACCAAGCCACCCACUCGCCGCGGCCACUCGAUAUCCUCGGCGGCUCAUCGGCUGCGCCCUAGGCCGGAAUCCACAUCUGCAGGUGCGGAGGAACCAGUGGCUUCUAGAUUCCAUCAUCUUUUUUAUUCCCCAACUGCUGAGGUAAACCAGGUCAUAGUGUUUAAUUUGUUAAUUUGUCUGUAUCCCCAUCAUCAACCACGGCACGAAUAUUUGAUUUACUUUCUGAUCGGCUGUAUAUUCAAGAUUCAUGGCAUCCACAUGGGCUUGAAAGCGAUGCUCCGGUUGUAAAUUGUUACUGUAGCUUCUUCAGACACCGGAAGAGUUCUGAGAAAGUGAGCUUGUGGUGUAAGUUGUAUUUUGCUGGAAAUGGAUAAGAUUCCAUUGCAGGGGCAUUGACUUGAACCUGAAGGAAACUUCCUUGAUAUGCCUGAUGAAUAGGAUUCAGGCUCUGAAUGUGAUUGAAUCUUUGGUAAUAUCCACUGACCGGACAAAGUAUUGGUCACUGCUUUUGCGAUGUCCACCGACCAAUUUAGAAUUGCUUUGGUUAUCCUUAUUGGCACACGCAACACCCGUCAGAUUCAAUUUCCCCCUCUUUUCAUCCAUGACUUUUUGUGCAGUAACCAGCAUAUAGAACAGUCACAGUGUUCAUUGUCACACUCAUUAGCUCACAAUUCACAGACUCUACACUUGAAAUGGUGAGAAUCUUAUAGCUCUGGCUAGACAACCAUGGCUGAGGGCGUCAUUGGCUCGUUAAUCCUGAAGCUAGGUGAUGCCUUGGGUAAUGAAUCUUGCCAGCUGGGAUCGUCAUUGCUCGUUUAUGAGGCAUCUGCUCUGAAAGGCCUGUUUGGCGAGAUACGGAUGAUCAAGGAGGAGCUGGAGAGCAUGCAGGCCUUCUUCUGCACCGCUGAGCGGUUCAAGGAUACUGAUGAGACAACAGUUGCAUUCGUGAAGCAGAUCAGAGGCCUUGCAUUCGACAUCGAGGAUGUUAUCGAUGAGUUCACCUACAAGUUGGGAGAAGAUCGCGAAGGCAUGUUUCUGCUGAAGGCAUUCAGGAGGAUCAGACAGAUCAAGACAUGGUAUCGGUUGGCCAACAGUCUGCAGGAUAUCAAAGUUAGCCUCAAGAGUGCUGCAGAGAGGAGGUGCAGAUAUGACCUGAAGGGUGUUCGAAGGGAGAGGAAACUGAUGCGGUUAGGGAGCUUGAAUCAGAGAUCUACAGAAUCAGUACAUUUCAAGAGGGAAGCUGAUCUUGUGGGGAUUGCUGAGAACAAACAGCUGUUGAUGGAUUGGUUGAAAGAUGAGGAGCAGCAGCACAUGAUAAUUACUGUAUGGGGUAUGGGCGGUGUCGGUAAAACGACACUUGUUGCUCAUGUUUACAGUGCUAUCAAGACUGACUUUGAUACUUGUGCUUGGAUCACAGUGUCUAAUAGCUAUGAAGCCGAUGAUUUGCUGAAACAAAUUGUUGCGGAGUUCCGGAAGAAUGACCGCAAGAAGGAGUUCCCAAAGGAUGUCGAUGUCACAGAUUAUAGAAGCCUGGUUGAGACAAUCCGACUUUACCUGGAGAAGAAAAGGUAUGUUCUUGUUUUAGAUGACGUGUGGAGUGUGAAUGUUUGGUUUGAUAUCAAAGAUGCAUUUUCUGGUGGGAAACAUGGGCGGAUAAUUUUUACAUCUAGGAUCUAUGAGGUCGCUCUACUUGCUCCUGAAAGCCAAAAGAUUAACCUUCAACCCUUACAAAAUCACUAUGCAUGGGACCUUUUUUGUAAAGAGGCAUUUUGGAAGUCUGAAAACAGGAGUUGUCCAGUAGAAUUGCACCCUUGGGCCCAAAGGUUUGUUGACAAGUGCAAGGGCUUGCCAAUCGCUAUAGUGUGCAUAGGGCGCCUCCUUUCAUUCAAGAGUGCAAAUUUGUUGGAGUGGGAGAAUGUGUACAGAAAUCUUGAGAUGCAGUUUACCAACAAUUACAUCCUUGACAUGAACAUAAUCCUGAAGGUUAGUUUGGAAGACUUGCCACACAACAUGAAGAAUUGCUUCCUCUAUUGCUCCAUGUUCCCAGAAAAUUAUGUGAUGCAAAGGAAGUGGUUAGUACGGCUUUGGAUUGCAGAAGGAUUUAUUGAAGAGAGUGAGCACAAGACGCUGGAGGAGGUAGCAGAGGAUUACUUGACCGAACUUAUUAACAGAUGUUUGUUAGUGGAGGUCAAGAGGAAUGAGUCUGGAUAUAUUGAUGAUUUCCAGAUGCAUGAUAUAUUUCGUGUUUUAGCUCUUAGCAAGGCACGAGAAGAGAACUUUUGCUUUGUCUUAGACUACACAAAGACUCAUCUUAUUGGCAAAGCACGCCGUUUGUCGAUUCAAAGGGGGGAUAUCUCACAAAUUGCAGAAAAUGUGCCACAUCUGCGGUCAUUGCUUGUUUUCCACAAUUCACUUAGUUUCAAUUCACUUCGUUUGUUUGCAAGGUCUGUGAAGUUACUGUCUGUCCUGAAUCUGCAAGAUAGUUCAAUUGAGAGUCUACCCAAUGAUGUGUUUGAUUUGUUUAACUUACGUUUUCUGGGCCUUAGACGAACUAAUAUUGCAUAUAUCUCAAGAUCAAUUGGGAGACUUCAAAAUUUGGUCGUGUUGGAUGCUUGGAAAAGCAAAAUUAUGAACCUACCAGAGGAAAUUAUAAGGCUAUCUAAGUUGACACAUCUUAUUGUGACUGUGAAACCAGUGAUUACUUCUAUGAAUUUUGUUCCUUCUGUUGGCAUACCUGCACCUACUGGUUUAUGGUCUUUGGGAUGUUUGCAGACCUUAUUACUGAUGGAAGCUAGUUCUGAAAUGGUCUUUUACCUUGGUGCUCUGGUGAAUUUGAGAUCAUUUCGCAUCAGCAAAGUACAAGGCCGCCAUUGUGCCAAGCUGUUUGUGGCAAUCACCAAUAUGUUUCAUCUUGUCCGCCUCGGGAUACACGCAAACGACAAUCAGGAGGUUCUACAACUUGAAGCAUUGAAACCAUCUCCGUUACUUCAGAAGCUUAUCUUGCAGGGGGCAUUAGAUAAAGAAUCAUUGCCUCAGUUCUUCAUGUCAAUCAGUAAACUGAAAAGCCUCACCAUUCUACGGCUUGUCUGGUCGAAACUCGACGAAGAAGACUUCUACUAUCUUGAGGAAUUACAGCAGCUAGUGAAGCUUCAGCUUUAUGAUGCAUAUAAUGGCAAGAGGCUGUCUUUCCAGGCAACAUCAUUUCCAAAGCUCAGGAUACUGAAGAUCUGGGGAGCUCCUCACCUCAGUCUGAUCAAGAUAGAAAGAGGGGCCAUGUCAAGCAUGGUUGAUCUUAAGCUCCUGCUCUGCCCUGAAUUGAAGUUGUUGCCUCGCGGCAUUGAGCAUGUGACCACUCUCGAAGAGAUGACUUUGGAUUCUACAGCAGAGGAGCUUGUGGGCAGGGUUAGGAAGAAGAAUGAGGCCAGGAUUUCUCAUGUCAAGAGAGUUUAUGUUGGGUUCAUCAGAAAUGGUGAGCUGGCUGCAGAAAGGAUACAAUAAAUCGAUGUCUAUCUAGACAAUGUCAUGUAUCAUUUCAACUAUGAUUUUCCUAUUUUGUACAUUUAUAAUUUUGUAUUGGUCUUAUGAUGUAAUCCAGACAAUGCCAUUUUCCUUUUCAGAUAUAGUUUCUUAUCUGUAAGUAUUUGUACAUAUUUGUGACAUAUAAACCUGUUUUGGGUUUUAUUGUCAAUAUAUGAAUGUAUACAAAUAAGAUUCUUCCCUA